UCCGUCCUCCGUCCUCCGCCCGCCAAGCCCCCGCUUCCGACCUGAGACGAGAGCCGGUGUCCGGAGCAGGAUGUGUCGACCGGUUUGGUAACAGUGCGUCCAGCGGAUCCUCCAUGCGUCAGCCCCGGGAAUGGAUCAGGAAUCCGGCGUGGCGUCUGCAGGGAGUUUCAUCUCCCUGAAUGAACAUGAGCAGAGGUAUUACUCAGGUCUCCACAGUCUGUGUCAGGCUGACACUUCAGGAAAACUGUCGUCCGGCAGAGUGGCAGAGCUGUUCAAGGCGUCUCAGCUACCUCCUGAAUCCCUGCAUAAAGUGACGGAGGUGUGUGGAGCAAAGCGGCUGGGUUACUUUGGCACACCUCAGUUCUACGUGGCCCUGAGGUUGCUCGCAGCCGCCCAGUCUGGUCUGCCCGUUCGCCACGAGAGUGUAACGGCCAAUCUACCUCUGCCCAGAUUUGUUGGGCUGAAGAAUGAACCAGAGAUGCGAUACUCAACCGUCCCUCCCAGCAUAGAAGGUCAGGGGGCUCAGUGUGGGACUGCAUCUGGUUCUGUCUCAUGGACUCAAGCUGACCGAAGCACCGUCAGACACCUGGAGGCCAAUUUAGAGAAGAAGGAACCUUGGUCCCCGCCUCGAUCACCUUGCAGUUCACCACCCUGCUCUCCACUGACCUACCGCAGCUACUUGUACUCCAAGCAGAGAAAUGGAGCAGACUCACAAAUGACCUUUGAAAGCAAACAGUCCUCACGGCCGAUCGUUCAGCUGGAGCAGCACUCCUCACCCAAUAACCACGGAGCCAAGCCCACCGUGGAUCAUCCUACUAUGGCUCUGGCUUCUUCAGCAGAGAGGCUGGCUCACCAGGGUGUAGUGGACUAUUCUGACGAUGACCCCUGGAGGAUCACGGAGGAACAGCUGGAAUAUUAUACAAAUCAGUUCAAGAGCCUGCAGCCUGACCUUGGGGCUCUCAUCCUGGGAGCUGUUGCAAAGAACUUCUUCACAAAAUCCAAGCUCCCAAUACCAGAACUCUCCCACAUUUGGGAGUUGAGUGAUGUGGAUAGAGAUGGAGCUCUCACUUUCUCUGAGUUCUGCACAGCCUUUCACUUGAUUGUGGCACGCAAGAAUGGUUACCCUCUCCCAGAGAGCCUUCCUCCCACCCUGCGGCCAGGGUUUGUGCAGCAGGAAGAGGACAUACCGGACACUCCAGAAAGUGCAGAGGUCUUAAUUGUCUUUGAGGAUGCUGAACUAAGGGCCAGUCAGAUGGAUCAAAGCAUUAUAGAGAGGAUCCAGCCAAGUUUGGCAACAGCAAAACAAGAUUUGAAAGAGGAAUCCUGUAAACAAGAUGCAAGUUUGAAGAGGGUGACAACAUCUCAAGAGAAACAGACUCUACACCUUGGUGCGUUCCCUGAGAGGCAAGAACCGCCUCAGGACCUGGACCCACAGAUGAGGACAAAAACAAGACAGAGGUCCUACUCCAGCACUUCUAUUGACGAUGCAAUGAAGAAGGCAGAAGAGCCUCCUACCCCACCCCCUCGACCCCAGAAAACCCACUCCAGAGCCUCCUCACUGGACCUCAACAAGCUCUUCCAGCAGGGCACUCCAGGGAUAAAAAGUGGAUGGUUGCCGCCUCCUCCAGCCCUCCCUCCAAGACCAUCAACCUCACAGGUUUCUCAUUUUAUCAACACUGUGGAGAAAACUCCCCCGAAUAAAGUGCAGCAGCCAAACUUCGCCGACUUCAGUCACUUCAGAGAAGAGGAGGAGAGCAGUGUAAAACCGGGCGAACAGGGUCUACGAUCUAGAUUCAGUCCAAGUAAUGAAGACUUGACAAAUGCUUCCAAACAGAACGUGAUUGGUGUAAGUCACAGUCAGGCUCCACAGAAACCAGUUCGCAGGAAAUACCACCCAGAGAGCCAGAACCAGGAGGCUGCACCUCCACCUGCCAUGUCGUUUCCUCCCCCUGCCAAAUCUGCUCAAAAACUGCUGUCCAGACAGAAGAGGGAGAUCCAGAUGGCGAUCCGUAAGAACAAGGAAACCAAUGCAGUGUUGACACGCCUCAACAGUGAGCUCCAACAACAGCUCAAGGUGGUUCACCAGGAGAGGGUCACCUUGGAGUCCCAGCUGGAGCUCCUGCGGCCUCUGGCCUCGACGUGACUGAGCCUCAAGGCUGGUUAGAGUAACGUUACCAGUGCUUUACUGAAGUACAUCAGUGUCUCUAUUAAACGAGAACGUUUGAGCCAAGAUACAGAAAGUCCUUUUUUGUGAUGAACACUGAAUAAAUGUAAAAGGGCUGAUGAUGGACACAAAGGUGCAUUGUAGACAUGUAGGGAUGUGAUUAAGUCCCAUGUUACUUUGUAUUACUUUUAAUGCUGUUUUUCAGGGUUAACCCAUGCAUUUUUUUAAUCACUGUAUGAUACGUACAUGUAAAAUAUCCUGUCAUUCAUUGUGACAUUCUAACUUAAUUUUCUCUGUUGAGUUACUGUUAGUUUCUCCCAUACUGUUACUGUUUUCUCUCAAACUUACCUUGCUUACAAUACAUGUAACGGUCUGUGCAUAUAUUGCCAUGACUGAUUGUGUUCUGUAUUAAUAAUGGGAACUAAAGUACUCUGUUUUCA